GAUUGCACCAGGUGGCGUUUUAACCACGCAGGGAAUUUCCUUUUACGUAGUCCUACCUAAGUAGGGAAGAUUCAUCGUUUUUGUCGAUCCACUGAAGAUACAAGUUAUGUCUUCCACCGAAAUAUUCGCCGAGCCCAUGCUCGACACAGAAGACUAUCUGCAAAAGUACAAGAAACAACUGAUUGAGCUUGAUAAGAAAGGACUGCUGCCGCAACUCAAUUUAAAACUUGGGUAUAAAGUCUACUCUAUUCGCGGAAGUGAGUUCGGAGCGCACAAGUCCAUCGUUCUCACCACAGAUGAUGAGCAUUUUGUCACUGUUGAGCUUGGUUUCAUCAAAGUCAACGGCAAAAAGCAUAUCUAUCCAGUCACACGAUCCGUUGAUAAAUCUGCGAAGGCCAAGAUGGAAUACCUUGGUAAGGUCGAAGCUACGGGCCAGGAGCUAAUUGGGAAGGCAGUAGCGGUGAUGAAGAGAUUUGGAAGCUACUUCAAGCUUUGCAACAACUGCCAAGAUUACUGCAACAUGUACACGGAGGACAUUGGAUUGAAGCACGCUCAAAAGCUCACUGACGGAGACAAAGUGGCACUGGCCGGGCUUCUCGCUGCCAUUGUGGCCUUCCUGUUCGCCGUUAUGCGUUAAAACUGCACUGGACUUCGAUGUAUUUUUUUGAUUUUCCUGACAUAUGACAUUUAGACAAGUUUGCGUCUUGCAAACUUCUUCCACACUGUACCUUAGCUGAACGGCAACACUAGAUACUUUUUCAAUUUUACAAUACUUCUUCAUUAUUUCUUCCUGCGUUACAAAGUGAAACCGAAAUACGGGAUCACGCCGGAAGCUGGUUUUCACAUGACGUCACUAAAAUUCGAACUACAAAACUA